GUGCGUUGUAGACCGGAUUGAAAGUGACGUGAGAACGAGAGGAUGAAUGAAGCAGGUGAAGACGGGGGAGUGUUCAGACUUGACCACAUCCUCCAGUGUUUAGUUCACCGAGCUUGUAUGAACUUUCUGACAUUGUUCCGGAAUGAAAUUGCUGAUGAAGUGUGGAAUUCAACCACAUAAGCUUUCUUCGUGACUGCUGAAGGAUCAUUAUGAGAGACUUUAUCAGCCUGAAGUUUCCACCUACAGAACGUAUGGGAUCUAAGAUUAAGCUGAUGUUAUGGAUUUGGGCCUGGAGCUCCAGCGGGAUCCGAACGGCACAAGGAGAUGUUUGCAGGGCCCGCAGGGGGUACAUAAACAAUGACAUCUGCUGCCUCAGCUGUCCAGCUGGUACUUUUGUCAAAGAGGCGUGCAGCAGACCGUUUGAGAGAGGUGUCUGUGAGCCAUGCGACUUUGACACUUACACCGAGCAUGAUAAUGGACUUCCCAAGACCUGUUUGAUGUGUACCAAGUGUCGCCCAGAUGAGGAGAUUGUGGAGCGAUGCAACAGCACCAGAAACACACGCUGUCAGUGUAAAACGGGUUCCUUCUGUCUGCCGGAUCAAGCCUGUGAGGUCUGCAAGACGUGCAGGAAGUGUAAAGAAGACGAGAAGGUCGUGGCACACUGCACAGCUUACUCAAACACCGUCUGCCAAAAAAGAGGCUCCACCUCCACCAGCACAUUGACAGCAGUGGGAGUCGUCUCAGUCUCAGUCGUGGCCAUCAUCGUGAUCAUCGUGAUCAUCGGGUGUUUGCUGUACUGGAGAACAUCAGGUGGAUUGACCUCAAGCUGCCAAAGAGGAAUGUGGAAUAAGUGCUUAGAAAACGGCAGCGAUUUGGAGGAGGUGAAGCAGAACAAUGUGAAUGGUGUGGUGGAGGAAGGAGCACAGAUCCAGCCAUUAAUCUGUCCGACACAGCCGGUGGGUGAGGAUGAGGAGGAUAAAGGGCUCGGCCCAAGCCUCUCCACCACCACAGCUUCGUCCGAGACCAGCCUGCCUAUGUGCACACUGACAAGCGAGUACUGCCUCAGCCGCUCGCUGCCUCAGCAGCUUAACACUCUGGAAGAUGAAAAACUACGAAGGCUCGUUCCUUUAAACGGAGACGACUCCCUGAAGAAAACCUUCGACCUGUUCGGAGAGAUCGACGUGAACUACCACAAACGCUUCUUCAGGCUCCUUGGUCUGAGCGACAACGCCAUAAGGAUCGCAGAGGCAUCUUGGUCUUUACCCGAGGACAGAGUGUACGAGCUGCUGAAGAUCUGGAUGGAGAAAGAAGGCAUGAAGGCGGAUUUUAUCAGCCUCAUCGAGGCCCUGCUUAGUCUGAACCAGAGGCUUUCUGCAGAAAACAUCGUCGCACGAGCUGUCGAUAACGGCUACUUCAGAUACGAAGAAGACUGAAAACAAGCACAAGGUCUACUGCAGUGCUUUUCUUGUUUAUGGAGUUGUAUGUUGUCCUUUUUUUUGUUUUGUUUUUCUUUACUCAAUCACUUCAGGGACAAAAUUGGACUUUGAGUGUUAUUUAUUAUUUUUGUACUAUAUCUGUCUAAAUAUGUAAUGAAUGUAAGCAUUUUGUAAACUUGUAAAUGUUAUUUAUGGUCUUUAAAUAUUGUUAAGUAUUGAUUUAGUUGAUUUUGAUAUUCAUCCAUUCCAUUUUCUACUUUUUUUUGUUACGAAGAACAAUGUAAAUGGAUUUUUGUUGUUGUGGGUUUUUUUUUUUUUACUGAGCAAUACCCCAGCUUGUACUACCGCGAUUGACCGCAAGAGUGCGGUGUUGUAUGAAGCGGCGUUACUUCAAACUAAAACUUUUAGUGCUUGUAAAUGAGAGAACUGAAGCGCAUAGUAGUGCUACAGCAACAGUGAGUUUAAGAACUUGAGAAAAGUCAUGAAAAUGCUUUAAAAUAUAUAUAGCCUAUUAUCUUUUAAGAGUUUAUUUACCAAGACAAGUCUCAGGUCCUCUCUUUUCUUCAGGCAGCUAAAUUUAUCCCCCACCACCCCCCCCCCCCUCCCCCCCCAAGUUGAUCAAAUAGGUACUUAGGGUAUUCCUUACAUUCUCAAGUGGAUGUAGCUCCCAAAUGACAAGAUGGUGUAUGUCCAAAAGUAUGUGGACAUCUGCCCAUCACACCCGUAUGUGCUUGUUGAACAUCCUGUCCCAGAUUUAGUCCUCCCUUUGUUGUUAUAAUAACCUCCACUCUCCUGGGAAAGCAUUACACUAGGUUUUGGAGCAUGGGGGUUGGGAUUAGUGCUCAUACUGACACAAGGAGACCUUGGGUGCAGUCGGUGUUCCAGUUCAUCCAACACAAAAGUGGUUCAGCGGGCUUGAGGUCAGGGAUCUGUGCAGGACAUUUGAGUUGUUCCACUCAAACCUUAACCUUUGUGCACAGGGGCAGUGUCAUGCUGGAACAAGUUUGGGCCUCUUCGUUCCAGUGAAGGGAAAUUGUAAAUCUACAACAAACAGACAUUCUAUAUACUUGUCAAAUUUCAAAGUGGUUUGGGGGCGCACGGUGUUAGCACAUUCGCCUCACACCUCCGGGGUUCGAGUCCCGUUGGGGCCAUGUGUGAGUGGAGUUUGCAUGUUCUCCCCGUGCUGUGGGGGUUACCGGGUACUCCGGUUUCCUCCCCCAGUCCAAAGACAUGCAUGGUAGACUGAUUGGCGUGUCUAAAGUGUCUGUAGUGUAUGAAUGGGUGUGUGAGAGUGUAUGUGAUUGUGCCCUAGAACGGACUGGCACCUUGUCCAGGGUGUACCCAGCCCUGUGCCUGAUGCUCCCUGGGAUAGGCUCCAGGUUCCCCGUGACUCUGAAAAGGAGUAAGCGGUAGAAGAUGGAUGGAUGACAGCCGUUCGGGGGGAAACCACACAUGGAUGAUGUUGAUGGUCAGGUGUCCACAUACUUUUGGCCAUAUAGUGUAUAACCUGGGAACUGUACAGUGGUAGUAAAAAAAAACCCAAAUUAUUUACUCAAGUUAUAGUAAACUUUUUUUUUUUUGUAAUAUAUGUAUGUUGUGCCACAUUUUCUACGAGCCAUCUAAAUUAUUGCUCAUUGAGAUUAUUAAUUUAAAUUCAAUUCAAUAAAAAAAAUAAUACAACAAAAAUAUUUAUCAUGAUUUGUUUUUAUUUGCAGUUACUCAGCUAAUUAACAUAAAUGAAUAAAGUCGCAGCUGAAUGUAUUCCCAUAAACUAGCGCUCCUACUCGUGUAGAAAAGCCACAGCGU